AUGACCUUUCCAAACAUCCUCUUUGAAGCCCCUCCGACAGCCACAGCUUCAAAACCCCCUGCCCCAUGGUCUAGUAGGAGUACGAUAUCCUUUGACCCUUACCAUCCCGAUAGUUUCACGCCUCAUUCAGAGAACGCCUACGACUCUUACCAACCCAUCCUCCUUCUCCCUACGCAGGAAGAACAGCACUUUUCAACGCCAAAAUCUCCGAGAAGUCCCCGGCUCCUGCAGAAGAAAACAAAACGUACAGGAAAAGUUCCCAAACCUCUUUCCGUUACCGCAUUCAGGAGCCCACACCGAGAUGAUGAAUCUCCUGGACUGCAUAAUCCGUAUGACAAGUUUCAGAGCAGACAUCCGUCUACCGCAACCGAAGUCGACUCUUUUCUCAAUACUCCAUCCCCUUUUUCGGAUGGCUUCCCCUCUCCAUCCAAAGCAAGGCGUCAUCCGAUACCAUUCGCCUCAAAAGGUUUCGAACCACCGGAAUGGAAAAAGAUAAUUUUGCAUGUCUUUCUCUGCGUUGUCUCCUAUCCUUUUCUUCUCCUGGUCAUAGCGAUAGCAAAUGAGAGAACCAUAUUCUGGUGCAGAACGAUUGUGGGGAUCGGAUGUGGUAUAGUUGGGGUUUCUCUGGGGUUGAGUCUGAUGGAAUUGGCGAAGGCGUUUUUGGAGGCCGCAACAUGGGCAACCCUCAUCCAUCAAUCAAAUGUUCCAGUUAGUGCGCCCGGCGUAAGGCUAAAGGACUUGUCGACCACCGUUCAACUUGGCGCAACCAUAUGGUCUGGUCUUCGGCUAAUGUGGGCGCGGUACGUCUACUCUGGGACGGCGAGGCGGGCGAGAAAGGCAUAUGACAAACGCCCGUGGAGCCUAUUUAUUGUGUUUUUCCUGUGCACGAGCACACUGGCGGCCUUGUUGACUUUUAUUUUGGGUCGCAUUAUCGAUAUCGAAACGAAAAUUGUCCGCGAUCGCGUCAACUACCAUGAGGUCACCGUUAAAGGAGAUUUAUCGGUUGAAGAUAUCAACAGGGCUGCAGCUCUCACCCCGAUUUUCAAUUCAUUCUCGCUCACAUGGACUAUAUCGCCUUUCUCGGCUCUUGGUAAUCUUCCGCCAUCGAUCGCUCUUCGUUGGAAAGAAGAUUAUGUCUACUUUGCUGAGGUCUCCACCAAUCAGCUUCGCUCAGAUAGUACGGGAUUUGGAACCUUUAAGCAAGAGACAACUGCGGCCUCGAUCGACACACUGGGGAGUAAUCAAAGUCAAUCAGCAACAGACACCAGCCCUGGAACUACUCUUCGAUUUCCUAGAUGGGGAAUACGAAUUCAAUGUAAGAAACUGUCGAAUGGCAAUGUCAAUAUCGUUCCCCGGUCUCCUGGGAGCUUUUCCUACGUCGUAGUCCCGCGGGACGACAUCCGCGAACUAUUCAAGCGUUUCAAUAUGGACCUACCGUCAAUCGUCAAUCGCCCAUUUAACAAGACUGAAUUCGCCGGUAACGACACCCUUCCUAGUAACAUAGAUUUCGACCAAGCUUUCGACUGGGCAUCUGGUAAAUUCUACGAUAACGGUGUGGCCCACAGUUUCAAAAGCUUCCCCAUAACAAUGGGUGCGGAGGGUCUUGGCUGGCAAUCCGUAGAAACAUUGCUAGUGCGCCUUAACGAUGCUUUCGCCCCUCAAGGAAAAUUUCAAAUCAAGUCCGAAAACACGGUUCCUACACCCAUUAUUGACGAGCAGGGUCGACAGACGAUCAUUCAGAGCCAUAUCGGCUACGACGCAGCGGUGUGUGUCCGGUUAAUCGAGCCUUAUGUCCUGGAAGUGUACAACUCGUCGAUUGGGCUGCCGACCACCACGGUAAUCACCAGUAAAGGGGGGCAUAUUGCUGAUGAUGUGGUCGAUGGUAUUACCCAAACUUUCAGAGAGGGUGACCUCGUAACGGAUUUGAGUGUGACGAGGGAAUUAAAUUCGACGCAGCUGGCGCAAGUCUACGAUGCAUUGCAUAGUAACUCUAUUAAUCAGGUUUUGAAGGACAAUGGACGGGAUAUGGAUUAUGUUCCGUCACCGACACUUGUUUCUUACACCGGCGGGUCAAGUCCUACCGAUUAUACAGAGCUAUCUCCCGAAUUCUUUGCUAAAGCAAAAGCAAAAGCCGAUAGCGCCAGUAUGUUGCCAUACUUUGCUGGUUCUGGCGACGCCGUCGCUUGGGCAUUCCGUGACCAAGUGCUUGCUGUCGCUCAUGUGCAAAGGGCUCUAGCAUUAGGCCUGUUAGGGCUGAUUUUGGCAUUGGGCCUGAUCGCAGGCUUCUUUGUCCCAAAACUCCCUAUGGAUGUACCUCGUCGUGGGUUCGAGUUGUUCUCUUGGUUCGCAGCAUUCCAAGCAAACGAACUCAGUGGAGAUCGACCCCCUCUUCUACGAAAACGGAUGCAUCUGGACGAUAUCGAAAAGGAGUUUGGCGACCUCAAGUUUAGAUACGCGGGGUUCCAGUAG